UAAAUGUCUGCACACGGCUCAUCUCUCUGUCCAUCAGAUGGUCAUAUUUCUCUUUCUGACAGACAGUGCAGAUCAGCUCGUCUGAUGGACAUGAGGUCUCUGCUGUUACUAUCAGUGUUGUUGGCUCUCAUAAGGGGCGGCGAGGGACAGAAACCAACAGUGUCUCUCCGGCCGAAGUUCCCUCAGGUGUAUGCUGGAGAUGAUGUCACUCUGAUCUGUAACCGUGAAGGAGGGAGUAAACCAACAACAUGGUAUUUUAACAGAACAUCAUUACAAACACACAAGGAUUAUUUAAUGCUUCUUACAGCAGUGACACCAGACAACAACAACGGGGUGUAUGAAUGUGAUCAGGGAGGAACGAAGAGUGACCCGUACACACUCAUUGUACUGGAUCUGGAGCCUCACGCUCAGCUCUCUCCAUCUGUUGGAGGUGCUGUGAUGACCAAAGGAGACGGAAGAAACCUGGUGCUGCAGACGGAUGAUGAUGAUCUGGAGAACUGGUCUUGUUUUGUGUUGAGGGGAGUGAGCACCUUCGCUAUAGGACUCGAUAUUAAUAAGGAGAUGAAGAGAGCUGUUAUAUUUGCAGAAUUAAAGGAGGCAGAAAGAGCCACUUUCUGGUGCAAGAAAAAGAAAGCAGCUCUUCGAAGCAACGCAGUGACGCUGAAAAAGACAGAGCUCAUGGUGAUGUUGGUUCCUCCGGCUGUUCCUGCGCUGGAGGGGGAGUCUGUGGCCCUCAGGUGUGUAGUCUGGGGUGGACCAGAGCUGGAAGAGGCUAUCUUCUAUAAGAAUUAUACACCAAUCUCAAAGAGCUCACCUGAAGGCACAUACACCAUCCCCAAGGCCACACAAAGUGAUACCGGCAUGUACAGCUGCCACGCCACCUACAGGUACAGCCACAUCAGUGCAAAAGCUGCACAGAAGGAAGGAGUUUCUGAUGCUCAGGAGUUAAAAGUCAUAGGUGGACCUCCUGCUGCAGUUAUUUCAGGGUCUACUAACAGUCUGAAGUGUUCCUGUCCUAACUGUCCUGCCAAAUGCACAUCCUACCACUGGUAUCACACACCCUUUAAUGACCCAUUCACACGUGAAAAACGAUCUGAAAACGAUGAGUCUAUUACUGUAGAGAAAGAAGGACUGUACAAAUGCCGGAGGGACUGUGGGAACGGUUUCUCCCGUUUCAGCAACAUCUACACCUACACAGUGACUGCAAACAUGGUGCCCAUCUUGGUGGCAGCGCUUCUGAUCUUUCUCGGGCUGCUGAUCAUCUUGCUGAUCGCGCUGAAACGCAGACGUGGAGGAAGCGCCAUCCAGGAGACCAAACAGGAUAAAGACAAGACGACAGCUGGAGACUAUGAGCAAAUCCAACUCAAGGACAAGGCGGUUUACCACACCCUGGGCGAGGGCACGAGCAAGGACCAGGCCGAGGGGGGUUACGAACCCCUAAAAAAGACGCAGGAGGAGGGCGUGUACCACACAGUAGGACCAGUAGAGGGUCAGAGUGAAGGUCAAGGUCAAGGUCAAGGUGGGUACGAGGCUCUUAAGAGCAUCAAAGUUGAUGUGUACCACACAGUAGGACCUGUAGAGGGUCAGAGUGAAGGUCAAGGUCAAGGUCAAGGUCAAGGUGGGUACGAGGCUCUUAAGAGCGUCAAAGGUGAAGUGUACCACACACUGAGUUCAGACGACUCAAAGAAGCCAGCAGGAGAAGCAGAGGGAGGAUACGAGCAGCUUCCUCAGAAAGACAAAGAUUACGAGACCGUGACAGUGGAGGACAAUCCAUACGAAGAAGUGAAGAAACAGAGGGGCAAAGAGAACGAAUGAGGGAAGCUGGGAAACAAUAAGCACCAUAAUAGUCAAAUGGCUGUUAAGUCAUUGAAGGCAAAAAAGCAGUUCAUCUAACAGUUCAUCUAAUGCAGGUUCUUGUAUUAAAUGUAAUGUAUUAAAGGGAUACUUGGUACUCUACCCAAAAAAAGAAAAACAU